CCAGGCCAUUCGUGUCAAGUCGCAGCGACGAGAAAGUUCAGUUUGGUUAUUAUUCGAUACAAGUUACAAGCCAAAGGAAUUUCUAGCAAUGCAUUCAAAUCAAUCGAAAGGAUCAACCGCCUUGCUGCUCAGCCUUCUAAUAUUACUACUCGGGGUCACACUUAGCCAUGGCGAUCUAUUGGAUUGCGAGGAGAAACUGCCCGGUCUAUCCGAUUUAACCGAUAAAAUCUCUGAGGCCACCGGUUCUAGUUCGAGCACUGAGCACGGUGUGCGUGAUUUCUUCAAGAACUUUGGCUGCCAGAUCAAAAAGGGUGCCAAAAAAUUGGGCGAAAAGGCUAAAGAUUUGGGUGAAGAGCUAAAGGAGGGCGCCCAGAAGUGGGGCGAAAAAGCGAAAGAUUUGGGUAGUGAUCUAAAGGAACGCUUUGCGGAUUUCCGUGAAAAACUCUCAAAAGACUCGGUGGAGGAGAUGAGCAAGGAUCGCGGUUUCUUGGCCAACGUUGAGAUCAUCAAUCCGGAUAUACUCAAGGGAGAGCAACAAUGCGGACAUGGUCACAUUUUGGACGCUUUGGGCAACUGCAGCAAGUUGAGAAAAUAGGACCUGAUCUACAAAGAACUUUACUAAAUAUUUUACUUUAAUUUGUGUGUUUUUUUUUUUUAAUAUAUAUAUUUUUUUUUGUGUUCUCCUUUAUAUUAAUUUAUACAUAUAUGCCUACGAUUUUUGCAUUAUUUUGUAUUCCCUUUUGUGUGUACAUAAAUAAAAGAAAAAAGUGAUA